CAGGAUGCAGUGAGCUAUUUAUGGACUAAAGACCUAUGGUAUAUCUCAACUACUCUGUACUGAUGGAGCAAGACAUGAUCCUGGAGUGAACAUUUCCAUAAUGUUCUCAACAAACCAUCAUCAAUCACUGCUGAAGCCUUCAACCAUUUACUUCAGAAGAGGUUUUGAAUGCCAUUAGGCUCUUUUGUGUGGCAAAGCACCUGGUACUGAUUCUGUUUCAGCUGUGAUUUACAAGAUCUUUUACUUGGCACUUGUUCUGUGUUGAAGCUUUUGGAUAAUGGAAACAUUCCCCUGGCAAUGUCUCUGGGGCGACUCCUUCGACGAGCCUCCUCAAAAGCCUCUGACCUCCUGACCCUCAACCCCAGUUGCAGCAGUGGCCCUCCUUCUGUACUGGAUGGGGAGAUCAUCUAUUCAAAGAACAAUGUCUGUGUCCAUCCCCUGCACGUUCUGCAGGGCCUUGGGGAACAUCACCCAGGUUAUUUGUGCUUGUACAUGGAAAAGGAUGAACUUCUGGGGACGACACUCAUCCUUGCUUGGGUCCCUAACUCCAAGAUCCAAAGGCAAGAUGAAGAAGCCCUGCGCUAUAUCACUCCUGAAAGCUCCCCCGUGCGCAAGGCCCACAGCAAACGAGGCCGUCAUGCUCAGGGCUCUGGAGAGCCUCAUCAGCCCUCCCCAAUGGAGCAAAGAUACCCUCUGACCCCUAAGGAUGAGGAUGUAUUGGUGGUAGCCCAGAGUUUCCAAGAUACUGUCCACAUAAGUUCCUCAUUAGAAGAUGGGGAAAAGCUAUCCCAAGGCUUGGGGACAGACAGCCCUAUCCAAGCUACCCAGCCUGUCCAUAGUGACUCAGGAAUCUUAUCUACUGUCAGUUCUCAGGAUGAGCCAAACAGGUCUGAAUUGUCAGUGGAUGAUACAGAGGAGGGACCAGAGUUGAGGCCAGAGCCUGGAGAAGAGGAAGGCUCUUUAGAGCUCUCUGCUGACGAUGUGAGCAGGGAUAGUACUUUUGAUUCUGAUUCUGAUGCCUUUUCUUCACCCUUCUGCCUCUCGCCAAUAAGUGAAGCCCUUGCAGAGAGCAGCAGUUCUGUUUUUCUGGAUGAUGAAAACAGAGAGACAUGUGACAAUCACAUGACCUGUUCCACCAGCUCCACCUCCAGCCUUGACACCAACCUUCAGUUCCCUGAGAACAGUGGCCAACUGCAGAACUCUAAAUGGGAUGACCAGCAAAAGGUGUUUGCCCUUGAACAGAUCUGCGGAGUGUUUCGGGUUGACUUGGGACAAAUGAGGUCUCUCCGCCUUUUCUUUAGCGAUGAGGCCUGUACCAGUGGGCAGCUGGUUGUUGCUAGCCGAGAAAGUCAGUACAAGAUCUUCCAUUUUCACCAUGGUGGCCUGGAUAAACUGUCAGAAGUUUUUCAGCAAUGGAAACACUGUACCGAGACUCAUCUCAAAAACCAGCAGGUCUCCAAUGAAAAGACUUGUAUGCAGUUCUCCAUCCGACGUCCCAAGCUGCCUUCUUCAGAGACCCACCCAGAAGAGAACAUGUACAAAAAGCUGGAUGUCUCCACCUGGCUUAACCACUUGAAUGAGUCUGGGCAGGUGGAAGAGGAAUAUAAGCUACGUAAGGCCAUUUUCUUCGGCGGCAUUGAUGUGUCAAUCCGGGGCGAGGUCUGGCCCUUCCUGCUGCGCUAUUACAGCCAUGAGUCCACAUCGGAGGAACGAGAGGCACUGAGGGCGCAGAAGAGGAGGGAAUACUCAGAGAUCCAGCAGAAAAGGCUUUCAAUGACUCCAGAAGAGCAGAGAGAAUUCUGGCGCCACGUGCAGUUCACUGUUGACAAAGAUGUGGUUCGAACAGACCGGAGCAAUCAAUUCUUCCGAGGAGAGGACAACCCUAACGUGGAGAGCAUGAGGAGAAUUUUGCUGAACUAUGCAGUGUACAAUCCAACCAUUGGCUACUCCCAGGGCAUGUCAGACCUGGUGGCUCCCAUCCUGGCUGAGGUUCUGGAUGAAUCUGAUACCUUCUGGUGCUUCGUAGGUUUGAUGCAGAACACGAUCUUUGUCAGUUCUCCCAGAGAUGAGGAUAUGGAGAAACAGCUGCUAUACCUUCGUGAGUUGCUUCGGCUGACCCACCUACGUUUUUACCAGCAUCUUGUUUCUCUGGGGGAGGAUGGCCUACAGAUGCUUUUCUGCCACCGCUGGAUCCUUCUGUGUUUCAAGCGAGAGUUUCCAGAUGCAGAGGCACUGCGUAUGUGGGAAGCAUGCUGGGCCCAUUACCAGACGGACUACUUCCAUCUCUUCAUCUGCGUGGCCAUUGUGGUGAUCUAUGGUGAUGAUGUCAUUGAACAACAGCUGGCCACUGACCAGAUGCUUCUGCACUUUGGAAAUCUGGCCAUGCACAUGAAUGGAGAACUUGUACUCAGGAAGGCGAGGAGUUUGCUGUAUCAGUUUCGCCUCUUGCCCCGGAUCCCAUGUAGUCUACAUGACCUCUGUAAACUGUGUGGGACAGGCAUGUGGGAUAGUGGUUAUAUCCCUGCUGUGGAGUGUACUGGGCACCAUCCUGAAUCUGAGAGUUGUCCCUAUGGUGGGACAGUGGAGGCAUCUUCUCCAAAGUCUGCCAUUGAAGGCAAGAAGGGCCCAAAGACACGAGAGGUCUUCAACUUUCGCAAAUAGGGCCAGUUUCUAGAGCUGGAGAGGAGUUGGAGGGAAUGUUUGCAGGGGAACUGUCUAAUUCAAGGACAUCAGAAUUAGACAGGAGUAUAGGGUAGAAGACAAGAAUCAGUGUUUACCAGAAAUACAGUUGAAAAAAUGGAGAAUAAACUUUUCUUUUUUAAUGGCAGCAUCAGAAACCAGGAGAAACAGUAUGAAGAUGUGACCACCAGCCCAAAGAAAAUUCAGCUCGGUGACAGAAUGACAGAGUGGGGUCUCACUCCCAGGGUAGCAGGAGGACCUUUCUUGUUGCCUGUUUGAACUAAGGAGUAAUUUUCCAGUAUAAUCCACUUCCACCUCCGUCACUGACCCAGAUUCAUUAGCAACUAAACUUCAAACAUAGGAAGAUGGAUAUGUAAGGAAGGCCAAACAAGUUCAGCUUUCUAUGUUGGGAAGCACAUGGGUUAAGAAUAGUCCUCAGGUGAACAUCUUGAAAUAAAUCCUCAAGCUUCUCUCCCUCUUCCCCCCCCCCCCACACGUACACACAAUCAUCAUGCACAAAUUUUCCCUCUUGAAACCAAAACCUACUGCCUAAGUGACUUCCAGCCUGAGCCAUAAAGUUGUCACUAAAAAUAGCCCAGUUGAUUUGGGGAUACUGGGAUAGGGUAGGAUAGGAUUUGGGGAGUUUGUGGCUUUUCACAAUGAUACUACGAGCUUUUUAUACUCCCUCAGAUGUGAAAGAAACUGCCUCCUCUUAAGCCUAAGCAAUAGGCUUCUGGAGAAUGUAUGAUUCAUCUCCCUUGGCUUCUUUCUGGGAGCUAACAAGUUUUCUACAUAAGAGUUUUCUGACAGGUUCAUUACUUAGCCCUACCACGUACAGUAGCCAAAUGGUGUUUGAAUGGGUAAGAGUAUUUUGUGUAAUUGUGUGUGUGUCUAUAUAUUUGAGUCAUCAAAAAAAAGAUGGAUUCAUUUAGGAGAAGUGACAGCUCUCCUCAAAAGUAUGUGGAGAUUGCUACUGCUAUGUGAUCCUGACUUCCAAAUAGCCAAAUAUUGUCACUUAAGUAGCCAGUAUUUAGGGCUGCCUUCACUAUUUGUGGGUGACCUAAGUCCUUCCAACCUGUUUAUCCCUAUGAAGAGAUUAUGUUAGCUGUCUAUGCUAGAAUUUAGAGAGAGAAUGGUAUGGCCUAUAAGAGUUCUUUUGGUAAUCCUGAAAAGGGAUAGAGGGCCAAGUCCCUUCUACUGAAAACCUCUGCUUGAAAUGGUGGACACGGAGACUUCAUUCCUUUGAUGCUUUUAGGCCUCUCAAUUCUUCCUCUUUCCAAGCAUUUCAGGUACUCCGGCCUCUGAAUAAGAUCUUUUUUCUAUUCCCAGUUGUAUGAAUUGAAAGGCUAAGCUGAAUUGUACCAUUUAAAAAGAUAUUUAUCAGCAAUAAAGAUUAAGUUACCAGCCUCUUC